AUGUUUCCACCAUACUCCAUUCUUUAUCGACAUCCGGCGGCGCAGCUCGACAUUCCACGCCAGAAGCCAAGCACUCGUCCCCCACAGUUUCGGGUAGAAUCCGGUGAUCCUGUCAUGAAAGCCAUCUAUUACGCCAAUAUGGACAGCGAGUCUAGUGAAGCAGCAAGAGGGCCAAGAAUUCGAAUCCCUUUCAUCUGCGCCGCGAACGAGCGGCGUCCAGGGGGAGACUGGGAAACCGGCUGCUCUGGCUAUGAAGAGAAGCUGUGCCGACGAAGCAACCUCUCUGCCACGCUAGGCAGCCCCUGGCCUGCGACCGGAGAGGUCUCCAACUAUCCUAUCCCAUCUGUUGGAGCUAUUCUCUCAGACUCGGUUGUUGUAUGCCGUGGGCCUCACGAUCGCUACGAGCCACUUGAUCGCUGGUACGAUCUGCCAGUCAUCUCCGUUCCGCCAACACGCUGGCCCAAGCUUAAAGAGAAUGGAACUAAGUAUUCGUUCUCGGAAGAGCGGGACAUGAUACGAGAAAAGAUCCGAGGCGCCCUUCGCAUUUGCUUAUACAACAACUACGAUCGAGUCGUGAUUGGCGAUUUCGGCCUCGGCAAUGGUUAUCGCAACCCACCCAAGGAACUUGCGGAAAUUUGGCGGGAUAUUUUCCUAUUUGACCCUGAUCUCCGUGGGCAGUUCUCCUACGUUGUCUUUGUCUUUGAAGAUCCCACGCAGAACACGACUCGCUUGAUCCAUGAAGAAAUGGCCAAGAAAGACCGGAAGGGUAGCAGCAUUACAAAGACAAAGGUGCCCCAUGGCCUCGGCGCUACUGAUAUAGACAUCUUUGGGCAUACUUUUGACCCUGAGGAGAUUGAGCGUGUUCUUUGCCGGCCAGAUCCCCGUUACGGCCUUGACAUGAUUACUUCAUGA